AAAGAAAAUUGUAGUUGAGAUAUAAUUAAUGUCUUACCCUCAACCUCAAGACUAUAAUAAUGGUGAGUCUGAAGAAAAGGGUUCAAGGUUUGCAAUUACGACGUUGAGUGCAAGAAUUGGUGCCAUGAUUUCUUUCAUAGUAGCAAUUGCAGUUUUUCAGACCAAUGAUGCCAAGAUUGACACUGGCUAUGUCUACACAUACAAGGAUUUUCGCUCUUAUAAGUACGGUUUCUGGGUAGCGUUGAUUGGAUUUGGGUACACGGUGCUUCAAGUUCCAUUCUCAAUUCACUAUAUGAUGAGGAAGAAGCAUCUCAUAAAUAGCUACGCCUUCCUUAAGUUUGAUUUGUAUGCGGACAAGGUUGUGGCGUUGGUGGUGACAACGGCGGCCGGGGCGGUGUUCGGAGCGACGAUGGAUAUGAAGAAAUAUGCGUGGAGGGAUGAAGUGGAGAGUUUCUUGUCGGUGUCAUAUAUUGCGGCGGCAUUUCUCCUAGCUGGAAGCAUUGCAUGCUGGAUUUCAUCUCUUCAUUCAUCCCUCGCUCUAUCUAACAAACUAAGAUCACACUUUUAACCAUCACUCUAUAUUGUGUAUCACACACUACUACUCCUAUUAUUCAAGCAUAUCUAUAUAUUCAUCAUUUCUCGAAUGCAAAA